UGGGAGGAUACAACCACAAGUGCAACACACAUGCACACUCACUCUCAGACAAAGAGGAGGACAUCCCUGAAUACUGAGACCAAUACCAACGCACUCACAUCAGCUCUCCUCGUUGGGGGGACAUCCUGCCAAAGUUGGUGUGGCGGCCAAGAUGAGGAUUCACUGCCGGACUCACAGGACGAGCUAACAAUGGGAGACACACAAAGGACUACACAGACUCUGUCACUGGGAUAGCAGGGUCUUUUAUUCAUCAUGUGACCCUGGGAAGUUACUUACAAACUUAUAAAGAGGAACAAGACCAGGACCUCCCUUUGCCAUGGUGGAUACUACAUUAUUAAGAAUUUAAAUGAAAUACUCAGUGAGCUACAAGCAACAAGUGGGUAAAACUGAGUGACACUGUAAUGAGUAAGACAUUUUUUUCUUAUGUGACAGUGAAAAUUAUAUGAACAUCCACUGUUUUUUUGUUGAUUUUUUUUAGAUUUUAACACUCUUCAAUAAGUGUCUGUCUCUUUUUACACAAACACAGACUCUUUUGCAGAGGAUUGAAGACGUACUGUAAUGCGAGUGAGCACUGAUGGCUGAGAUUCCGACUCCAUUACUAGAUUGUGUUUUGAAGCACAGUGGUUUGUGUUUGUCUCAGUGUGCAUUAUAGAACAACUGACUUUGGACAGAGUGCGCUUCAUUGUGUGUUUGCAGGGUGUCACAGAGAUGAAUCAGAUGGAGGAAAAAGAAGAGAAGACAUGAAAACAGUUGGGGAUAAAAGAUGUUGCUCCUGUUGGAACUGUUAUUCUCAUGACAACAUAUCAACAUUUACAAUCAUACUGCCCUGCUUUAGCACACUUUUUGCAACUUCCUCAUCUUGUGUAGAAUGAUUUGAGGUAGACUACAUCAUGCCAACCAAAAAAGGUGACGCAAAAGCUGGCAAGAAAGGCAAGGCAGAGGAGCCAAAGAAGGGAGGAAAGGAUGAUAAGAAGGGAGGGAAAGAUGACAAGAAAGGUGGUAAGAAGACAGAAGAGCCACCAGCUAAGGGGAAGGGGAAGGAUGAUGGAAAGAAGGGAAAAGGAAAGAAACCUGUCAGUGAGUCAGAGGAGGGGUCAGAGGAGGAAGAAGAAGAGAUGAAGACUGAGGAAGAAGAGGAAGAUGAAAGCGAGGAAGAAGUAGUAACCAAGAAGGGAGCAGAUAAAGGGAAAGGGAAAGCAGCCCUAAAAGGUGCAUCCAAGGCUGUGGCUAUGAAGGGUUUCAAAUCUCCUCCUAAGCGCUCCUCUCCAUCGAAUGAGGAGGAGGAGGAGGAGGAGGAAGUGAAGGGGAAGGCACAAACAAAGAAAGGUAUGGGUGCAAUGAACCUGAAAAAGAUGAGUGAUGUCCAUAUCAAAGGAGCCUCCAAGGCCAUGAUGGGCUUUGCUGCUGAGGGACAGAAGAAGAAUGCAGGAGCAGGAAAAGCACAAAAGACAGUAGAUGUAAAGUCUCACCUCAAAGGAGCCUCCAAAGCCCUGUCAGGCAUCUCAGGAAAGUCAUCUCCCUUUAGCUUGCCCUCUAAAGCACAGCAGCCAGAAAAGGCAAAACCAAAGAGAAACCUUAAAAGCACAUCCCGCCUCUUCCUACGGCUGUCCAAGAAAAAGAAACCCCCUGCUGGGGGUAAACCACUUCUUGGCACAAACAAACUUUUUGCUGGUUUUGGGGGAAAAUCGGCUGAUAAAAAGCCAGGUCUGUCUGGUUUUAGCUUGUUUAACAAAAAAGAUGAACCUACAAAAGACACCACACCAUCUAAAAAGACAAUAAACCUAUCUGGUUUAGGGGGUCAGGGGAAAAUGGCAACAGAAGCAAAAGGACUGGGAGGGAAGUUUAAAGGCAUGUUCGGGAAAAAGAAGAAAGGAUCACAGUUUAAGACUAAAGGCUGGAUGUUAGGAAGGAUAGCUGCAGCGACUAACUGGUUGACAGGGAGGUUCCUGACUUCUAAGAGUCAAGGUCAACUUGGAGGGAGGUUAGGAAGACGGGGGCAAAAGAGGCUGUCAUUUGCUAACAGAGGCACUAGAGGGAGACAGGCACAUUAUUACAAUGAGGCCUAUGAGUAUGAUGAUGAGUAUGGCUAUGACAAUUACCACGACAGGGGGAGAAAUAGAGGCUUCAUGGAGCAACGUAUAAGCUAUGACCCAUAUGACCCCUACAGAGAGGAAAGGGAUUAUUAUGAUGAUGAAGAAUGGGAAGAUGAAUAUGGUUAUUGUGAUGAUGAGGGCAACUUUUAUUAUGAUGAUGAGUAUUACUAUGGUGAUGAUGUGGAUUACUAUGGUUACCCUUAUGGCUAUUAUGAUGAAGAGUAUGAAGAUCACUAUGGUGAUGAAGGGGUGGAGUAUUACUAUGGUGAAGAUGGGAUGCUGUAUGCAAUAGAACCAGCGCCACAUGGUUACUAUGGUGAUGCCAUAGAUGGUUUCUAUGACCCAUAUUACCCCGAACUGUAUGAAGGUUACUUUGACCAAAAUAUUGGUUCAAACUAUGGUAUGGUAGAAUCAUAUGGCAUGAUGGGUGCUGAUUUUGGUGCUGUUCAAAGCCAAUAUAUUGACCCAAUGCUGGGGUAUACACAGUCUCCUCCUAUUUAUAACCCCUAUCAGCAGCCUUUCCUUAUGGAUCCUAUGAUGGCUCCAGCUGCAGCAGGACAGCUAUAUGUACAGGAACAGCUGUCUUAUCCUCCAGCUGAGCCAAUUUUAGAAGAGCAGUUCAGAGUCCCCAGGCCUCAAGUUAGACUAUUUGGAAAAGACAGACUAGACGUGGAAACACUGCCACCGCCUCCUCUUCAUUCUCGCCCCUCCUCCCCAGUGUUUCCCCCUCCCUCACCAGCUCUUGCCCUCAACAACCUGGAAAUGGUGUCAGAUAUACAAUAUGAGCAACCCAUUCCUGCAUACCUUCCUGCUCAGCCCCAUCACCCCACUGUCAUGAACCAGCAACAGCUCCCCAUUUUUCCUGGACAACCUCCCUCACCAGCACCUAUGAGCAUUCAACAGGAGCAGUUCCCUCUCCCUCAGCCUACUCACCCUCCUCUCACUCUUACUCAAAGUCAAUUGUCCCCACCUCCCUUACCACCUCAAUUCCCCCCCCAGAUGUAUCAACCAUCCCUCCCACAAGACCCACAGAUGUUCCAGAUAGGUCAAAUGGCACCAGUGGUUCCCUCAAUGCAGCCAAUGAUGCCUCCACUUAUGAAUUCACCACUGCAUUCACCAGCAGCCUCACCCAGACUGGUGCGACGAAUGAUUCCCUUCUCAUUCCCACAGGUGUCAAUGAGACCAGGAUCCGUUAGGGGAAUAGUACCUUCCUCCCACUUCUCAACACAUCACAUGGACUUCCAAACAGGCAUCCAUUCAGACCCCCACCUCUCCUUUCGAUUACAUAGGCGUGGGCUCUCUCACCAGGCCUCAAUGGGGCGCCAAAGGCCAGCUUCACCAGUUGACAGGCAGAAAACACCCAGCCCACUUUCUUCUCCAAUACACCACAGGAGAGGGAUGUCAACAACAAGAGCUCAGCCAUCCAUGACAAGAGGAAGGGGAGGCGCUGGGUUACACAGGGCUCCCUCAUCUGUCCGACCCCAAUCCCCAUUUUCUAGCCCCCUAGCUUCACCCCGGGGAUCACUGAGGAAGAGAGUUAGCCCACCACCUUCCCCAAGACUUUCUUUCAGACAGCAACCACCUCCAGAUGCAGUUCCCCUGCCACCUACCAGGCCACCUUUGUUCAAAGGUAGAAAGCAAACAUCUAAGAUGAGGCGUUCACCUUCUCCCCCCCUACCAUCCCCACAAAGACAGAGCCCACUUCAACCUGAAAGAUCUCAUUCCCCCCUACAAUCCUUCCAUCCCACCUCCCACCACCGUCCUCCCUCUCCUUCACCAUCACGUAUCACCAAUCGACCCCUCCCCACCCGCUCCUCUACUCGCAGGAUGAGAGGUAGUGUUGGAGGUCAAAGUCAUGUGCCCAUGGGAGCUGUGAAACCCUCCCCAGCUAACCCCUACUUACAGAGACACAGUAGACAUGGGCCCCCUCUCACUCAGCAAGUAGCCCCAUUCAGGUCUUCCAUACACAGUGGCCCUGCACCUCCUGCAGGACCAAUUGGGGCUGGAGCUGGAACACCCAUGUUAGCCAGGGCAGGCUCCCGUCCCACAGGGCUAAGAGAGUCAAAGCAAAUUGGCACACCCCAAAGAGGCUUUCACAGACCCGUAGGUAGGGGGCAACCAUUAGUUCGAAUGCCCAGAACCCAGCCCUCUCUUCAGUCUAGGCAGUCAUUCAGAUCACCUCCUCCAAUGCCUCCUGUCUCUCCACAACCUUCUCUGAAACAGAGUGGCCCUCUUUCUCCCCAGCCAUCAGUACGUAGGCUACAGAGUAGACCUCAGUCUCCACUACCACUGCAGCAUCAUUCUCCUCUGCAUUCCCGUUCAGCCUCACCCAUGCACUAUCUAUCUCAUCCUCCCUCUCCCCUGCCUCACAGGUCUAUGAGUCCCCAGAAUCUAGGGCAAGCCUCUUUUCAACCCCCAGUAGCUCACCCAGGUCUUCCUAAUGGUACUUUCCUACCAUCACAGAGUAUCACCCAGUAUGACUACUCAGUGAUGGAGCCAGGCCCUUCUCCAAUGCUUACAAAUGCAUUACCAAACCCUCAGGUUGUAGGUGCUCCAUUUCCUCCCUCUAUGCCUUACUCCACCACUGCUUACGCCUCUCCUUUACAAAGACCCAUCUCUCCCCAAACACACCAUGAAGUCUACCCUCAAACCCUCCCUCAACAUGCACCAUUAUCACCGAAUUUGGGACGCACACUCCAGAACCCUUAUCUGCAGAAUGCUGGAAACACCACACCUUUACAGAGGAGCCCUUCCCCCAUACCUGGAAUGCAGGGGGAGAUAUUAGCUAAUGUAGAAGAGAGCCAGACAGUGAGCCCAUAUGCCAGUCUUGGUCUUUCCAAUGCUUUGAUGCAGAACUCCCGCCUACGCAGUGCUUCCUACUCAUCUCCUCUACAACGCAAUGCCAACCUCUAUACAACUGUCCUCUCACCCCCUGAACUAGCAGCCCCUCCUGCACCCUCUGCACUUUCCUCCCCACGGUUGUCUUCUUCUAUGCUUACCUCCCAGCUGCGUAAUGCUUCCUUUGCGUCACCUUUUCAACAAAAUCCCUCCCCCCCAUCUUCUGCCACAUCUGCUCCUCCUCCCACCACACCUCAAAAAGGAGGUAUUAGAGGUUCCUCCUCAUUUCUCUCUGGUGGACUGCGGACUGCUCAAAUCCAGGGGUCUAUGUUUAAGCUUCCAAGUGGCACUUUGACAAUGUCCCGAGGCCCAGCUGAGCCUCCAGCAACCACUGUUGGUGUUGGUGGUGGCGGGAGGCUGUCACCUUCUAUGCUAUCCAAUGCCCUACAGAACCCGAGUCUACGUCAGGCCACUUAUCGAUUACCUGAUGGCUCACUGGUCACCAGAACUGAACCUGCUGAACAAAUCUCAGGUUCAUCACACCUCUCCUCCCCUAUGCUGUCUUCUGCAUUGCUCAAUCCCAGUUUACGACAAGCCACAUAUCGUUUGCCUGAUGGUACUCUUGUAACCAGGACAGAGUCAGAACCUGUACUCUCCUCUUCUUCUUCUGUGCUCUCCUCAGCUCUUCUCAAUCCUAAUGUUAGGAAGGCCUCUUAUCGAUUACCAAAUGGUUCAUUUCUAUCAUACCCAGGAGGAGAGACAGAAAGUGCUGAGAGUGCAAUAUCAUCACCUGGGCUAUCGAGUGCCCUGAUGAAUGCUAACUUGCGCAAGGCAAAGUUUCAGCUCCCGGAAGGAUCAUCACUGUUUUCACAGAACCAACCUCAAGCUCCUGCCGCCACCGGUCCUGCCCUUUCUGGUGCCUUGCUAAACACCAAUCUCCGUGGAGCCUCUUAUAGACUCCCAAACACAUCAUUUUUGAGGCAGCCUGGGGCUGCUGAUACCUCUGAGCAACGCUCUCUUGACCUUUCCAAUGCUCUCCGCAAUCAGAACCUCCGUUCUGCCACUUACCAUUUGCCAGAUGGAACUCUCAUCACCCGCUCUCAACCUGGCUCUGAACAACAAAAGCUUGAUCUGUCUAAUGCUUUAUUAAAGAACCCAAACCUUCGUGGAGCAAAGUACCGUCUCCCUGAUGGUAAUAUCAUGACACGACUUGGUGCCCCUAGCACCCCAGAACGUCGCUCAUUCAACCUCUCUGGCGCUUUGCAGAACCCGAACCUCCGUGGUGCCUCUUUCCGCCUGCCCUCCUCAUAUGCAGUAGUAUCACCUCAGGUGCAGGGAUCUGGUCCUGAACAGCACUGGGCACAAGGUUCUGAUGGCUAUGGAAUGCAACAAGAUCUAGAUGUCUGGGGUGCAGAGAGGGUUCUACCUCAUGGGACAGUGCAGAACCUUAAUAAGUGGUCCAUGUAUAGAGAUGGGGAGCUACUGGACCCCCAGAGCCUGAUGGGACAGGGACACAUGGGGCAAGAACCUGGGGAGUGGAAUCUCAGCAGGGAGGGGGAACCACAAGGGAACUGGUUUGACAAGAUGUACUCAAUCAGAAGUCUGCCCACUGUGGUUCAACGGGAGCAAAGAAAGGAGGAUGGUGUGGAAGAUAUGACACAGCUGGAGGAGAUGCAUGAAGGAGCUGUUCUGCUUAACCUGAGGACAAGGUUUGAGAGAAAACUUAUUUAUACAUACAUAGGUAGUAUUCUGGUGUCUGUGAACCCUUACAGGAUGUACAACAUCUAUGGGACGGACUUGGUGAUGCUGUACAAGGGUUGCGCUUUGGGAGAGAACCCUCCGCAUUUGUUUGCCAUAGCAAACGCUGCUUAUUCCAAAAUGAUGGAUGCCAAACACAACCAGGUCAUAAUAAUCAGUGGGGAGAGUGGGUCUGGAAAAACAGAGGCUACCAAACUCGUCCUUCGCUACCUAGCAGCAAUACAUCACAAAGCUAAUCUUGCGCAGGAGAUACUCGAGGCAGCUCCUCUGCUGGAAUCUUUUGGAAAUGCCAAAACUGUGCGGAAUGAUAAUUCCAGUCGCUUCGGGAAAUACAUAGAGGUCUUUCUGGAGGAUGGUGUGAUCAGUGGUGCCAUAACCUCUCAGUAUCUACUGGAAAAGUCCCGUAUUGUCUUUCAGGCCAAAGAUGAGAGGAACUAUCACAUCUUCUACGAGAUGCUGGCAGGUCUUCCUUCACAGCAGAAGCAGGCUUUCUAUCUACAAGAAGCUGAAACUUACUAUUACCUCAACCAGGGAGGGAAUUGUGGGAUAACAGGAAAGAGUGAUUCAGAGGACUUCCUACGUCUUCGUGCUGCCAUGGAAAUCCUUCAUUUCACCCCAGAUGACCAGUCGGCCAUCUUUAGAGUUCUCUCUUCCAUACUGCACCUGGGCAACGUCUACUUUCAGAGACAUGAGGCUGAUGGCCAGGAGGUGGCGUCAGUGGUAAGCGCUCAGGAGAUCAGAGUGGUGGCAGAGCUGCUGCAGAUCUCCCCAGAGGGACUACAGAAAGCCAUCACCUACAAAGUUACAGAGACGAUGAGGGACAAAAUCUACACCCCUCUGACUGUAGAAAGUGCUGUUGAUGCCAGAGAUGCUGUUGCCAAGAUCCUGUAUUCGCUGCUCUUCCAUUGGUUAACAGAAAGGAUCAACGCUCAGGUGUACCCUCACCAACACACCCUCUCCAUCUCUAUCCUGGACAUUUACGGAUUUGAGGAUCUGGCCUUCAACAGCUUUGAGCAGCUUUGCAUUAAUUAUGCAAACGAGUACCUGCAAUUCUUCUUCAACAGGAUCGUGUUCAGAGAAGAACAGGAGGAGUACAGCAGGGAACAGAUCCCGUGGCAGGACAUCACAUUUAGUGACAACCAGCCGUGCAUUGACCUCAUUGCCGCUAAGCCUCAUGGGAUAUUGAGGAUUCUGGAUGACCAGAGCUGUUUCCCUCAAGCAACAGACCACACUUUCCUCCAAAAGUGUCACUAUCACCAUAGCAACAGCCCACUCUAUGAGAAGCCAAAGAUGCCUGUUCCAGAGUUUACUCUCAAGCACUUUGCUGGUCGAGUCACCUACCAGGUUUACAAGUUCCUUGAUAAGAACUACGAUCAGGUCCGACAGGAUGUCCUGGACCUGUUCAUUCAGAGCAAGAACAAGAUGGUGUCAAACCUCUUCCUGGUUCAUGCAGAGGACAUGGGUCAGCAGAGAGGAGGUCAUAGGAGGAAGAGCAGCACAGUCACCAGAAAAUACCAGGCAUCAACCGUCAGCAGCAAGUUCCAACAGUCGCUGCUAGAACUGGUGGAGAAGAUGGAGAGGUGCAACCCUUUCUUUGUUCGCUGUAUUAAGCCAAAUAAUACGAAGCAACCAGGUGUGUUUGAGGACGACCUGGUCAGCAGCCAGCUACGACACUCUGGUGUCCUGGAGACCAUUAGGAUCCGUAGGGAGGGAUAUCCAAUCAGAAUGCCAUUCUUUGCCUUCCUGUUCAGGUAUAAGUCCUUGGUGGGGAUACAGCAGCUCCCAGCAGCAACUGCCGAGAACUGUGUCAUAUUACUCAGCAAACUGUGUCCACUUCGUCCUGGAAUUUUCCAUGUUGGAGUCACAAAGCUGUUUCUAAAAGAGGACAUCUACCAGUUGUUGGAGUGUAAACGAGAACGAUCCCGUCAGCUUGCUGCUCUCACCUUGCAGCGUUACACUCGCAUGUUCUUCGUCAGGAAACGCUACGUUGAGUUCCGAAUGAGAAUCAUCAGAUUUCAGGCGCAUUGCAGAGGCUUCAUUGUUAGGAAGCAGUAUGUGAAAAUGAGGGAGUGUCUGGUCCGGUUUCGCUCUCUUGUCCACAUGUAUGUCAACCGCAAACAGUACAUCAAGAGGAAGUUUGAAGCUCGAAGGCGAGUUGAAGAGGAGAUAAGGAGGAGAGAGAUGGAGCUGACGAAGAGGGAGGUGGUUAAUGUCACCCACUUGGUGAUUCCUGCAGAACUGGGCGCUUUGCUGCAGACAGCAGGAGUCAGGAGGGAGCUGCACUCAGACUGUCUGGCUCUGCUUCAGGCUCCUCACAUCCAGGAAGAGGCUCAGCUCCCUCUGCCUCUGGACAUUAAUAACUACCCAUUCUACCGCUAUGUUCAGAUCCACUUUAGGGAACCAAAGUUUGGAAUGCUGAUGGCCCCUCUGGAGUCCCCUCUGACCCGGGUGGAGGAGGACCUGAAAGGGGAGGCUCUGGAGCUUUUCAUCAUGGUGUUACGCUUCAUGGGGGAUCCUCACCUGAACGGGGCGCAGGAGAACAUGUUUGGGAACUACAUCAUCCAGAGGGGCUUGUUGUCUCCAGGGUUACGAGAUGAGAUCCUGGCUCAAGUUGUCAAUCAGGUGUGGAGGAACAUAAACAUAGACAACGCAGAGAGAGGCUGGCUAUUGCUGCUGGGAUGCGUUUGCAGCUUCUCUCCAUCACCCAAGAUGGACAAAUACCUGCUCAAGUUUGUGUCAGAUAAAGCCCCUGCUGGUUGUCAGGCAUUGCUGCAACACAGACUCAUCCAAGGCAAGCAGAAGAUGCAGAUAGGCUCAGGCUCUGCCCCUGAGACUGCACGGACCUAUCCACUGUCACUGCUGGAGUGGACAGCCAAUAGGAAGAAGGCUAAUAUGGUGUUGCACGUGCACUGCUUUGAUGGAGGGUCAUUCCUGUGUCCAGUCCAUUCCUGGACCAGCGGAGAGGAUUUAGCGGGACAUAUCCUGCGUCACAGGGGAGUGUCUGACUGGUGGAGGGGGAGUUCCAUUUUGAUGAAGGAGCAUGGCCAGUGGGUGGAGUUAGCUGGUCAUGACUAUGUGAUGGACCUGGUUGCAGACCUGGAGCUUCCCAUCAACUUCCCGAAACAGAAGAGCUACUUCGUCAUCAGCACUGACAACCCGGCUAGAGUCAGAGCUAAUGCCAGCCUUGCUUUGUUCGGCAGUGGCUUUGACUCAGAUGAGGAGUUUCCAUCUUCCGUUGCUGUCAGCAGCAGUAGACCAGCCUACAGUCUGCCUGACUCUGAUGGUUACUACAGCCAUGUAGAGUCGGAUGCGUUCAGUGAUGGUCAGGCUCAGAGAGGAAUGGACCGAUACCUGGACAGUCUGUUCGACCCUGUACUGUCCGACAGCAUUAUAGACAUGGAGAAGACUGGAAGUUUGUCAGCGAGGAUGAAAGGAGGUGGAGGCAUCGGCAUCACAGGGGGAGAGAGAGGAGAGGGGGAGAGUCAUACAGCUCGCAGUAGGCCUUAUCCACCAGGAAUACAUCCAGGAGCUGUGCCGGUGCUCCCAGUAGCAGGAGGAAUGAUGCCCCCCGUCCCUGCCAUGCCAAUCCCCUCCCACCACCACCACCACCAUGAACAGCGCCAACAACAGCAGCAGCAGCAGCAGCCGCAACAAUACCACCAAUACAACCGGCCCCAGCAGCCCCACCAGCAGCAGACUCACUCCACCCAUGUAGCUCCCACCCCGUCACCCACUCAAACCCCUGCUGCUGACCCCACGACUGCCCCUGGUGCUGCUAGAGAUACUGAUGUAGCAUCCCAUGUCACUAGUGGAACUGGUGUUCCUGGUCUGCUGGCUAUGCCCUCGCUCCCUGCCACCACUGUGGUUCCACGCUUACCUGUGUUGGCAGGUGUGCCAGAAUUGGAGCAGGCGGUACUGACCCAGCAGCAACAGGCCAUCAUCAACCAGCAAGCUAUCAUUCUGGCCCAGCAGAUGACCAUGCAGGCCAUUGCGAUCCAGCAGCAGAUGUUAUCAUCCUUCCCUCCGGUUGCUCCGGCCCCCCAGUCACCCCCCUCACAUCAUCACACACACUCGGCACAGCGCUCACAUACACCCAGUCCUACUAAAGAUAGUGAGGAGUCUUCACACAGGCCUGGCUCUGCUUCUGUUCACCGACAAACAAGUCCAUCACGUGGCCCCCCUCCUGAGGACGUGAUCCGAUCCAGUGUGAGUAACACUGAGCGGAUUGAGCCCAGCCAUGACAUUAAAGACAUCAUCAAACAGCAUCAACCUGCUGCAGGCACCACGUCUUCUUCUGGAUCUCCCACACAAAAGAGAAGUGACGGAAAGAUGUUUGCAAAGAAGCCAGACCCUCAUGAUGAAGCUAUGGAGAUCCUUAAAGAUCAGAUGGCAAACCCACCACAAUCGACUCAGAGGAAACCUCAGUCAUCCCAACCUAAAGAAGAUGGAGGAGUAAAGGUUACCAAGACAACAAAGCCUCGCGCUGCAGGGAUAACCAGCUCCAACAUAAGCCCCGCCCCUCCCCCAGUCUCUAGAGAUUUGCCAGUCGAGGAGGAGAUCAUUCAGACUCAACUGCACAGCAGAACCAGCGAUGAAUAUUACACUUAUUCCAAUGUUCCAUGGAAACUCUACAUGAGGAAAGAGGUUUUCUAUCCUAAAGAAACCUUCAACAAUCCACUGGUCCUGGACUUGAUCUUCAGACAGGUUGUACAUGACACCUUCUCUGAGGCUUGUGUCCGUAUCACCCAGGAGGAGAGACAGAAGAUGAAAGCUCUGUUUGUGGAGAACAAAGUGGAUCAAGUUUCAGAAACACAUGAUGAAAACUUGAAGAAGAAAGUAGUGUCCAUGGCCAGAGACUCAUGGGAGAUUUACUUCUCCCGCCUCUUCCCAGCCUCGGGCAGUGUGGGGACAGGAGUGCAGGUGUUGUCUGUGUCUCAUAAAGGUAUCAAGCUUCUGAAGAUGGUGAAGAGUAGCUCUACAGCUUCAGACUACUUCAGAGUGUUGAGGCCUUACAGCUACUCGGACAUCCUGUUUGUGUCUAUUCCAUCUAAGAAUAUGCUGGAGUUCAACCUGACCAAUGAGAAGCUGAUCCUGUUCUCUGCCAAGGCGCCGCAGGUCAAACAUAUGAUCGACUACUUCCUCACAGAGCUCAAGAAGGACUCAGAGUAUGUGGUGGCGGUGAGGAAUUACAUCACAGAGGACAGAACUCUGCUCAGCUUCCACAAAGGGGACAUCAUCAAAGUGCAGCACAUGGAUGGACUGGAAGCCAGUAGACAUUAUGGCUGCAUUGUUAGGAAGAAGGUCAUGCUUCUGGAGGAGCUAAAGAGAGACACUCCGGAGUUUGGCUGGCGGUUCGGGGCCGUGUAUGGAAAGUCAGGAGUGUUUCCCAGCGAGUACGUCCGUCCUGUGGCUGCUCCAGACUUCCUGGUUCUGCCUGCUGAUCGCCUGGAGCCUCGAGACCGACAGGGACGGGUUGCUGCCUCGGCUGCUGUUGCCGUAGCGAUGGGCUCGGCUGUAGCUGCUCAUGAGCUCGACCUCUCCACUGAGGUAGUAAAUGAGAUGUAUGGGGACAGCCUGAGCGUUGAAAUGAACGAUCUGCCUCUGCUCAGCAGCCAGUACCAAAUGCCUGAGUUUUCCAAGAAGUACUUCAGGGAAGCACAGAAGAACAGGAGUGAUCAGAAAACCAAAAAGGGGAAGGAGGGCAGGGACCCUGUUGACAUGGUCAAAUUCUCCAAGUCUCCGAUCCAGGAGUCUCUGAUUGACUUCUCAGACAGCGGUAUGAACAGAGUGGCUGCUGACAUCUUCUUAGCUGUAAUGAAGUUUAUGGGAGAUUUCCCACUGAAAGGCCUGACUGAACAGGAGCUUGUCACCUCUAUUUUGAGGCUAAGUGGCGAACACGGCCUGAUAAAGGAUGAAGCCUACUGCCAAGUGAUGAAGCAAGUGACUGCCAACACCAGCUCCAAACCGGACAGUUGUCAGAGAGGAUGGAGGCUGAUGUACAUCCUCACAGCUUUCCAUCGCUGCUCUGAUGUCAUGAAGCCGUUUUUACUGAAGUUUCUGCAGGAUACCAGUGACAGUCCCGGGCAGCAGUAUCAAGGUAUCGCCAAGGCAUGCGAGCAGAAUCUGAGGAGGACAUUUCAGUAUGGUGGCCGUGUCCAGUAUCCCAACAGCAUGGAGCUGAAAGCUAUGCUGGCUGGGCGGAGCUCCAAGAGGCAGCUGUUCCUGCUCCCAGGUGGAAUCGAGCGGCAUUUGAAAAUCAAGACGUGCUCUGUUGCUUUGGAUGUGAUUGAGGAGCUAUGCCAAGAAAUGGAACUGCACAGGUUGGAGGCGUUGGAUGAAUAUGCUGUCUUUUUGGUCACACACAGAGGUCAGAAUGUGCGUCCCCUGAACAAGCGUGAGUACAUCCUUGACAUUGCUACAGAAGCAGAGCUGGUGGACGCCAACUACAGUCUUUGGUUCAGAAGAGUCAUAUGGAGUUUGGCUCUCAAGCUUGACAAUGAGCUCUAUGUCACCAUGCACUACAACCAGGUGUUGCCAGACUAUCUGAAAGCCUUGCUAAGUGUGGUUCCUCAGGGUAAGGCCAGCGAACAGCAUCUGCAGCAGCUCGCCAGGUUGGCUGCACUACAGCACCGUGCCAAAGACACCAUCUACCUGCCCACCAUCCGUGAGGUGCAGGAGAGUGUCCCCCACUUGUUCUACAGCAAACAGGGUUCACAGCAUUGGCUGAACAUGACAACUCAACACAUGCAGCAGGUCCAGCCCUUAAACCCACACCAGGCCCGUGCACAGUUUCUGGGUCUGGUCAGUGCCUUCCCCAUGUUCGGCUCCUCUUUCUUCUACAUCCAGAGUUCCAGCUCUGCCUCUAUCCAGGCCCCCUGCAUCCUGGCUGUUAAUCUGAACGGACUCCAUUUUCUUAACAAGGAUACUCAUGAGGCCAUGAUGCGUUUCCCUCUGAAGGAGGUUCAGUCAACUCGCACCCAGAGACCAACUUCAGGCUCCAGCUACCCAUAUGUGGAGAUCAUGAUAGGAGACCUGCUCAACCAGCACAUCACUCAGCUGCAGCUGGAGCAGGGCCUCGAGCUGUGCCGAGUCAUUGCCAUGCACAUGGAGAACAUGUUGUCAGUCCGAGAAAAGAGACUCACUUUGCCACCGAGCGAAAUCACCCUGCUAUAGCACAGACAUGCAGACUCAUGCACAUAGAAAUCAC